AUGGCUCGAACAGACGGAUCGCGUGCUUCGCUCCCUCCAUUUUUCCUCAUUAGCAAUGCGCUGGUCUGGAUAUCCGCUGUCAUUGUGAUGGGUAUUGUUUCCUACUUCAUCUCCCAAAGCAACUAUAUCCCAGGCCGUAUCAUCUACGAGGAAGUUAUUUCCGUCCUUACUGUCGCAUUCUUCCUGGUCUCUUUCGUCAUUGGCUCUUAUCCCGGCUCUCUCCUAUUAUUCAAUGUUAUAUUCUCUUACCUCUGGUUGGUCGCGGUUGUCUUUACGGCUGAGGAUUGGUCGUCCGAGUACGCUGGCGCCCUUGCCCAUACCGUCGAGGCCUUCAGCUUUAUCGCCUUCUUCUUCUCGUUCUUCAAUGUAGUCUUCGACUGGCAGUACGGCUACCGUGGACACGUGCGCAGCGCUGUAUAA